GCGCAGGAGCUGUGCGCGCGGGCUCAGGACACAGCAGUUGGAGGUUAGGCUCGUGCGAGGCAAACAAAACGACACACACGCCGUCAGAUUUCCCUACAGUCGCGUACGUCUUUCGUUAGAAUAGCGAGUUUACGUCUUUAAUAAACGUUGACAUUUUACAAACUCCUGCGGGACAGUGAAGAUAUGCCCGGGCGAGUGUGUGGGUAAGAAAGAGAAACAACAGUUUAAAAGUGUGCCGUUAAAUUGCUGCAAAUGUUGACUAGUGAACAAAUGACACAAUUAUUUCCGUCAACAAACUGGCUCUUAAAGCAGCUGUCGUUAAAUCUAUCGGUAGAUGUAACGUUAGGGAUGUGAGCGGCCGUUGCGCUAACUGUCGAAGUUUCGUCGCGUUAUUUUAGUAUCUGAAAUGUAUCAAAACCGCUUCAGUUAGAGAGAAGAGAUAUUGUUAUUGUGCUAAUAUUAAAGCAUUCGCUAUUAUAAACUAAAAAUGUCUUCUACAGAGCGGGUUUAACAGUAUAACUUUUGUCUUUUCCAGAGGAAGUGUUGGUUAACGUUAGUUUACCUCUGAACUAGCCAGGAAUGCUAAUCAUGAAGUUUAUUUUCUCAAAUCGCUCAGUCUCCCAGGCUAUGUAGGGCACUUUAGGUUUUAAAGUGGUGUUCUAGAAAAGUUUAGUUUACAUUUUGUUAUCUGCACUUCAUUGUCUAUCUAUGUAUAAUCUGCUGUGUUCACUAACGGUCGAACAGUGCGGUUAGAACUGCCCCCAUGAAAUUAGCAAAGAGUUAGCCUUCUGGGCGCAAACUAACAUCAUAACAUCUCGUUUAGGAUUUUUCAUUUUCAUCAAAAUAAAUUGUAGCAGUUCUCUUGGACUCAGUCAUAUUGAAAUAAAUACGCUGUAUUUUCAGGCAAAUGGCUGACGAUUGAUAGGAUUGACGUCUUCUUUAAAAUUUUGUAAAGACAAACGAAAGCACACUAAAAAGAUGGAAAGGGAUAGUUUGCACAAAGAUGAAGAGUCAGUCAUCACGUACACACGCUGAAGCUGUUUCAAACGAUGAUAUUUUGGAUCAGUUGAAGUCAAUGAAUGAUUUGGUUACCUACAUUCUUUAAUCUUGUGUUUAGCAGAAGAAACUCAUACAGGUGUGAAACAACUCGACGUGGAGUAAACAUCAUUUUGGAUGAUCUGGAGUUCACUUCUACUUCGCUCAAAUUUGAUAAAAGUUGAUCAAAGUCAGAGCUGAUCUUUUUUCAAAAUUGGCAAAUAUAUGAUGCACGGUGUUAAAAAACAGAUUAUACAAGUUGUGUAUUCCUCUAGCUAAACACACUCGUACAGAAAUGCUGUAUUAUCUUCAAAAAUCACUCUUAGUAUUAAACAAAUUUGGUGGUAACUCAAUAAUACAUUUUAAUUUUUAACUAAUUCGAUUCUUUAAAAAUUUUAGGCUGAGUAUUCUGUGACUGAAGUAUACUUUGAAAGCACAGCUCCUUGAAAGGGAAAGUAAGUGUAAGAGAAGCUAUGGUAAGUCUUAAACCUAAGGGUGUGACUGAUCCUGAGUCUGAUAAUGAUGAAGAUGUUGAGCGCCUGAAGAGCAAAUGGACUUCAAAAGAGGAUGAAAGACUUGCGUCCCUCGUUGGAAGGUUUGGAAAGGAAGAGUGGGAAAUCAUUUCAGGAUUCCUACCUGGACGCUCUGCGCAGGAAUGUAAAUACAGAUUUACCGUUGUGUUAGACCCAGAGCUCGUUAAAGGAACAUGGACCAAAGAAGAAGAUGAAAAGCUCAUUCAGCUGGUGUCUUUGUAUGGUGACAAGAAGUGGAGCACAAUCGCAAAGCACCUGAAAGGCAGAAGGGGCAAACAGUGCCGCGAGCGAUGGCAUAAUCACCUCGACCCUUCUGUGAUUAAGACCCCCUGGACAGAAGAGGAAGAUCUUAUGAUCAUAAAAUGCCAUUGUAUGCUGGGAUCUCGGUGGGCACAGAUUGCAAAGUUUCUUCCUGGAAGGACUGAUAAUUCCAUAAAGAACCACUGGUAUUCAACCUUAAGACGUAAAAUGGACAAGGGCACCUACAAGAUGGAGGACGUUGACUUGAGUGAUAUUGGACUCUACUUGUCACAAAAAGAAACCACUUCUUCCACAAAUCAUGAAAAGUCAAAGAGCACAGCAGAGCCACUACCCAAGGUGAAGGAGAUGAAGACGAUUUUACAAAAAACGCUGGAUGCAAACAGUCCUCCCCUCUACCCAUGUUCCUCUUCACCGUCCAGCUCCAGAAGUCCUUCUGCUGUGCUGCCGCAGCAUAAAGCUUUUGUUGAUGAGGUUUUGCGAUUGCUUGCAGAGGACAUGCUGCCCCUGAGUUUCACUGAAGGCUCUGGGUUUCGUCAGUUCAUGUCCUCCAUUUGUCCUCAACACCCACAGCUUUCACAGCGCACCAUAGCUUUAGAGCUUUAUAAUGUUGUGGAGAAAACCAUCAAGCCACAGCUGAUCCAGCAGCUCAUGAAGUGUGUGUCUUUGAGUGCGGGUCGUAAUGUUGUUCACAUCACCGCUGAUAUUUGGGCUGGUGAACACUCGGAACCGCUUCUCGCCAUUCAGAUGCACUUUCUUGAUGAUGACUGGAACGUUCACAGACCGACUGUGGCUUUUCGCCAGUUGCAGUCUAAUCAGUUUACAGCAAAGAUCGGAGGAGAGCUUGAAUCAGUUCUACUGAGCUAUGGGCUUUUCCCACAUAACAUUGGCUACAGCAUUAUCCACGAGGCCAAGAACACUAUUGCUACACAUGAUGUUUUCUGUGACUACAAGAUCAUGCAUUCUGCCCAAAAGAACGAAGCAGACGAAGAGGAGUUAUUGCAUUUUCUUGAUGACCAAUUCGCCAUUGAUGAUUACUCUAUAGCUGAAAUCUCAUGCAGCAAACAUCUGGAUUGUAUUACAACACUACUGCAUUGUGUAAUGAAGGAGGCACUGAAGAAGUCCAGAGUUGUUGAGCGCAUCCUCCUUGAGAUACAAAGCGUGGUUUCUUUUUUCCGCCGCAGUGCCUACUGGCUCGAGGUCUUUGCACGGAAAUGCAAGCUCUCACAGUCCAUUUUUUGCAGCACAAGCAGCUCCUCGUGGAAUUCCACCAUCACCAUCAUUCGUGAAAUAAUGCAGGAGUCCGUAUGGGACCUGGUGAUGACCCUUCUCAAUCAAGCUCGCACAGAGGCAAACAGCUGCCACGUUUGUCCACCGGUAGUUCAUGUUGCACGAGAGCAGGUGGUGGACUUUGUUGGCUUGGUGGAGCCUUUUGAAGAAGUGGUGCAGGUGCUUCAGGAAGACGCUUUCACGUUGUCCCUCGUCAUUCCUUCCAUUGUUGGACUCGAUAAAACUCUCGAGACCAGAGCCACAAGCUUCAGCCUUUUCUGCUCAGCCCUGCGCUCUGGUCUACGUUCUUACUUCCAGCCUCUGAUUUUGCGAAGAGAUUUUAUUCUAGCCACUGUUCUGGACCCUCGAAUCAAGCUGCAGCCCUUUGACAGCGGAAAAGAGAAGUUCAAGAGUACCACACUGUUUACGCCCUCCAAACAGCGUGCCACUUCAGUUGUGGAGUCAGCAUUAAGCGAAAGUAGUACUGCUACAGAAGUGAGCUGUGAUAAAGCAAUGAACGUGUCUGAGCUGCGUCAGUAUUUAUCAGAGCCCUUGUGUGAGGGAGAGGUUUCUGUCCAGGCCUUUUGGAAAGAAGCUACCUGCUUCCCUCGCCUACGGAGCGUCUGCCGCAAACUGUUGGCCGUCCCGGCAUCUUCAGGGGGCUUUAAAAGACUGUUUCCUCUAGCCUCCUGUAUUGUAAGGGCCCAGAGAAACAGACUGCCUCAACACACCACAGAACGACUUCUGUUGUACAGAGAAUAUAUGAAAACAAAUGGCAAAAAUGCGAUGGAGUAAACACUAAGCGUUUCGCUUUCUUAAAGUAUGUGGAAAAUAAUGUUUUUGUUUCUAUUUAAUUUUUUGUUUGUUUAUUGAGUGACUUCGUUAGAAUGUCACCUGAUGAUGAUGAUGAUGAUGAUAAUAAAAGACUUGAUAUCUUGAA